AUGGUCAAAGCUGUUGUUCUCGGAGCUGCUGGCGGUAUCGGCCAACCUUUGGCUCUUCUCCUCAAGGCCAACCCUCUGGUCACUGAGCUUGGUCUCUUCGAUAUCGUCAACACUCCUGGUGUUGCCGCCGACCUCUCCCAUAUCUCCACCCCGGCCAAGGUUGAGGGAUAUCUUCCCCCUGAUGAAGGUCUCAAGAAAACUCUGGCCGGUGCGGAUGUUGUCGUCAUCCCAGCUGGUGUUCCAAGGAAACCUGGAAUGACCCGUGAUGAUCUCUUCAAGAUCAAUGCAGGAAUCGUCAAGGAUUUGGCUACUGGAAUUGCCACCACUGCUCCCAAAGCCUUCGUUCUGGUCAUCUCCAAUCCCGUUAACUCCACCGUUCCCAUUGUCGCGGAGGUUUUCAAGAAAUUUGGCGUUUACGACCCCAAGCGCCUCUUCGGUGUUACAACUUUGGAUGUCGUUCGCGCUUCGACUUUCGUUGCAGAGAUCCUCGGAGACCUUUCUCUCUCCAAGGACGUUGUCGUCCCAGUCGUUGGUGGACAUAGUGGAGUGACCAUCGUUCCUCUCCUCUCCCAAUCCUCCCAUCCUCUUCCCUCAGGCCUGGCCAAAGAGUCCUACGAUACCCUCGUCAACCGAAUCCAAUUCGGUGGCGAUGAAGUCGUGAAGGCGAAGAAUGGUGGCGGAUCGGCUACCCUCUCCAUGGCGUACGCCGGUGCCGAGUUCGCUGCGAAGGUCAUCCGCGCCGUCAAGGGCGAGAAGGGCAUCAUUGCACCCAGCUACGUCAGCGUUGAGGCUGAUGCUUCUGGCAGUUCUGCUCUCACCAAGGAGCUCGGCGAGGAACUCGCGUACUUCUCGUCCAACGUGGAGCUGGGCACUGAGGGUGUUGCGAAGAUCAUUCCUCUUGGCAAAAUUUCGGAGGCUGAGCAGGCACUUAUCAAGGCUGCCAUCCCCGAGCUCCAGAAGAACAUCACGACUGGCAUCAACUUCGUUGCCGAGGCGUACAAAACCGAGGAACCGAGACUGUAA